GGGCCGGCGGCGGGCAGUGCGAGCGGAACCGCGCGGCUGCGAUCCUCGACGCUUCGGACAGCUCCGCUCCAUCCCGCGUCUUCGGACAGUACCGCGCAUCUCCGCUCCUCUCCGGACCGUUCCGUCACGCACCUCCCCGGACAGCACCGCACCGCUCAGUCCCGUGCCGCUCUUCACUGCGCAUCUCCGCCCCUCUUAGGACAGCCGCGCUCCAUCCCGCACCUCUCCGGACAGCCCCGCACCUCUCCGGACAGCCCCGCACCGCUCCAUCCGGUACAGUCGCGCACCUCUCCGGACAGCCUCGCACCGCUCCAGCCCGGACAGCCCGCUCCUCUCCGGGCGUGCCCGCCCGGGCGCUCCCGCACCGCCCCGGCCCCCGGCACGGCCGAAGCCGCUCGCCCCGCGCCGCCGGCCCCGGCCCCCGCGGCGGGCGCUCCCGCGGGCGGCAGGAUGGCCUCGAAGCCGGCCGAGCUGAUGGGAGUCUGCUCCAGCUACCAGGCGGUGAUGCCGCACUUCGCCUGCGUGGCCGAGGAGUUCCCGCAGCCCGCCCGCCCCGCCAAGGCGACCAAGGGCAAGCUGCGGCGGCCGCGGCAGUCGCGCUUCAAGACGCAGCCCGUGACUUUCGACGAGAUCCAGGAGGUGGAGGAGGAGGGGGUGUCCCCCAUGGAGGAGGAGAAAGCCAAAAAGUCCUUCCUGCAGUCGCUGGAGUGCCUGCGGCGAAGCACCCAGAACCUCAGCCUGCAGCGGGACCGCCUCGGCAGCUGCCGCCUCCGCAACAGCCUCGACUCCAGCGACUCGGACUCGGCCCUCUAAGGGCGGCUCGGUCCGGCUCGGCUCGGUGGCGGCAGGGACUGGGCUGCACGGAGCCGCCCCGCUGGGAGCCGAGCAGCGCCCGGAGCGUGCGGCCGCGUCGGGAUGUUUUCUAAGAAAGCGCUUGUACCUUCGUUUCGAUUUGAUUGUAUGAAACUCCGUUUAAAAGACAAAAAAAUUUAUCUUUUCUAUUCGUUAGGAGAAAUGAGCUGUUUUAGAUGCAUUGAGCUGCUGGACUUUAUAUUUAUUUUUGCAUUUAAACUGUUGACUGCAUUAAUUUAAUAUGUUUCUACCUGAAUGUCUGUUAUUAUUUCCAUAAAAGAGUAAUAAAAUCUGAUAUAUUUGCACAGUACCUAUCAGACUGUCCU